GCAAGUUAGUCGAUGAAACACGACGGAAUAAAAGUAACUUGUGCACAAACUGAGUCUUCUCGUACGGGCUACAGUGUAAUAAUUUAAAAAAAAAUUAAAAUUUACGAUUAAAGCAAAAUUAAAAUUGACAUCAAACUAAUAUUAAAUUGAAAGAAAUUUCAUUCUCGCGAAUUGAAGGAAAAGUCAACCAAUCCGUUUGCGAGUUUAUUUCCUGUUUACCAAUCAACAUGCUGAUCCGGCAAUUCAUCCAACGCGGUGCUAGUAAUCGUGCCAUUAACGUCACGAGAGAUCUUUUGAAAACCAUGCCGUGCCCAUUCCUGACUCGUUUGUCUGCAAAUUAUGUUCGCAAUUAUGGAUCAUCUCUGAUAAUGAACUAUCGGCAACAUUGUCCAAUAUUAUCAAGAUUGUUCAGCUCAAUGUCGGAGUCAGAGGAGCAACCAAUUCCAAAACCUAUACAAAGUCAAUGCCCAUUCUUGUCCAGAGAACGAAAUGCUGUCAAGGAAGCGAAUCCUGCAAUGGAAGAAGAUAUUAGCUUAAAUGAUAAUCAAAAGGAAGAAGUAUAUUUCCCCUAUGAAGAAUUUUUUCAUGACCAAAUCAUGAAAAAGAAGAAAGAUCAUUCGUACAGGAUAUUCAAGAAAGUGAAUCGUCUAGCUGAAAACUUUCCAGGAGCUUUAGAAUAUUCUUGUGGCAAGAAACCUAUUACCGUAUGGUGUUCUAACGAUUAUCUAGGGAUGUCACGCCAUCCUUUGGUGAUUGAUGCAGUCCGAAAUGCUUUAGAUCAAUUUGGUGCCGGUGCUGGAGGUACUAGAAACAUUUCGGGCAAUUCUACCGCUCAUAUAAUGUUGGAGAAGCGACUGGCAUUGUUACAUCAGAAGCAAGCUGGUUUGCUUUUUACUUCUUGCUUCGUCGCCAAUGAUUCCACUUUGUUCACGCUAGCAAAAAGACUGCCAGGAUGUCAUAUAUUUUCCGAUGCUGGAAAUCAUGCCUCUAUGAUACAGGGCAUAAGAAACAGUGGCGUGCCAAAGCACGUAUUCCGACACAAUGAUGUUGAGAAUUUGGAAGAGCUUCUGUCGAAAGUAGGUAAAAAUGUGCCAAAAAUUGUGGCAUUCGAGACUGUACAUUCCAUGACCGGUGAUAUUUGCCCGUUGGAAAAGUUAUGCGAUGUCGCCCAUAAAUACGGAGCAAUAACAUUCAUUGAUGAAGUUCAUGCAGUUGGUUUGUAUGGUAACUCGGGUGCAGGUAUCGGCGAGAGAGAUCGUGUACUUGCUAAGAUGGACAUCAUUUCCGGUACUUUAGGAAAAGCAUUCGGUAAUGUAGGUGGUUAUAUUGUUGGGUCCACGAAUUUGAUAGAUAUGAUAAGAAGUUAUGCCGCCGGCUUUAUUUUUACCACUUCAUUACCGCCCACCGUGUUGCAUGGUGCCUUGAGAUCCAUCGAGAUUUUGGCAUCAAGUGAAGGCAGGUCAUUACGGACGAAUCAUCAGAACAAUGUGGCCUAUAUGAAAUCUAUUCUUACUGCCGCAGGUCUUCCAAUCGAAUCAUCGCCUUCUCAUAUCAUUCCAAUAAAGAUAGGAGACCCAUUGUUAUGCAGUCAAAUAGCGGAUCAUUUAUUAAAUGAUAAAGGACACUAUGUACAAGCAAUAAAUUAUCCUACUGUUCCAAAGGGUGAAGAAAAAUUAAGAUUAGCACCAACUCCGGGGCACACUCGAGCCAUGAUGGAUAAAUUUGUACGAGACACACUGGACGUUUUUCAUCAACUUAAUAUACCUAAAGUCAUUAAACCGAAUGAGGAACCGCGCGUUAUUUUGGUUCAUUGACGAAUAUAUAAAAUAGCAAUGGUCGUGUUGUCGUACAAACAAAAUUCAUCGGUAUAGAGGUGUUUAUUUAUAUAGAUCGUUUAUUUGUGUACUAUUUCAAGGACAACAAUAUAAAUUAUCUAAUACAUAAAGCCUAUUAUCAAAGUUAACAAUGUGACAGAGACUUUAAAUAAAGUGUUAACUGAUGCAAUUUA